AUGACCAUGCAGCCUGCAAUUCAGGUCUGGUUUGGGGAGGACCUACCUCUGAGUCCCAGGUGUCCCCUGACUCCCAGACAUGGACCAGGACUGGCUGAUGUUUGCCAGUAUGACGAGUGGAUAGCCGUGAGGCACGAAGCCAGUCUGCUGCCCAUGAAAGAAGAUCUCUCCAUUUGGCUGUCUGGCCUACUAGGUAUUGACAUUAAGGCUGAAAGGUUAUUGGAAGAACUUGACAAUGGAGUGCUGUUGUGUCAAUUAAUCAACGUUCUUCAAAAUAUGGUAAAAGCGCUCCACUCCGAAGAACCGGGGAACUUUCCGAUGAGAAAAGUGCCUUGUAAGAAAGAUGCUGCGUCAGGAUCGUUCUUUGCCAGAGACAACACGGCAAACUUCCUCCACUGGUGCCGGCGCGUCGGUGUUGACGAGACGUACCUCUUUGAGUCUGAGGGUCUGGUUUUACAUAAAGACCCCAGGCAGGUGUACCUUUGUCUUCUUGAGAUUGGUCGAAUUGUGUCAAGAUAUGGAGUUGAGCCACCAGUAUUAGUGAAACUUGAGAAAGAAAUUGAGUUGGAAGAGACCCUGCUUAAUGCCUCGGGGCUUGAGGAGUCCAUCAACAUCCCCAAAUCCUGCUGUCAGCAUGAAGAGCUACACGAAGCUGUGAAACACAUUGCCGAGGACCCUCCUUGUAGCUGUUCUCAUCGAUUUUCUAUUGAAUACUUAUCUGAGGGGCGUUACCGGCUCGGGGAGAAAAUACUCUUCAUAAGGAUGCUUCACGGGAAACAUGUCAUGGUCCGUGUUGGUGGAGGCUGGGACACUCUGCAAGGAUUUUUGCUGAAAUACGACCCCUGCCGAAUACUGCAGUUUGCUACAUUAGAACAAAAAAUCUUAGCGUUUCAAAAAGGAGUCUCUAAUGAAAGUGUGCCAGAUUCUGCUGCCAGAACGCCUCAGCCUCCAGAAAUGAACCCUUUGUCAGCAGUUAACAUGUUUCAGAAACAGAAUUUAAAGCCUGGCACACCAGCGAGCGCUCCAAAGAGCAAGGAGAGGCAGGCGCGCCCACCAGGUGCGGUGCCUGCUGCCGCACCAACGAAAGGCAGUCUUGCUUCUCUGCCCACCCGCACUAAACUUCCGGAUUCUCCAGCAUCAUUUUCCCACCCCAAGGUCACAUCUUCGAAAGGCAGAGCAAAAACCCUGCACUCUGCUCCGCACGGUGUGUCUUCUCCCGCGGCUUCUUCAAACUCAGGGGGUAACAGCUCUGCACCAGCUUCCUCAAGCUCUGCUCAGUGUGCACCUGCGUCGGUGAGAAAAUGUGUCACAUUCCCCAAGACUGCUACGACCGUGGCUACCCCAGUCCAGAAUUCAAGAGAUCUCUCUAAGUCUAGACCUCUGCCGACUAAGUCUUCUGGAAAGAUGAAACCAAAGCCUUUGAAACACAAUCAUCUUUCUUCCAGGGAGGAGUCACCUGUACCUUUAUCAUCAAAGUGUCCAAAGCUACCUAAGGGAAACAUGCACGGGGGGCCUAGCCCUUCUCCUUUCCAGCACCCUGCAAGAGUGACAACGCCCAGUUCUAAAGCCAGAGCCGGAGGUCUGGGGACACAGUCUCAGCCGCCUGGAAGACCUCUGAAGUCCAGGGCAAUCUCAGCACCAAGACUUCAUCAUCCAGCUUCUUCAUGUUCAGUGUCCUCUGCAAAAACUACCAAGGAACCGAAAGGUGAGAAUAUUGUUUCAGUUGCUAGAAAGCAACCACAGAGUAAGGGUACCUGCCAGAAGACAGGACCCGGCUCUCCUGGCCGAACCCCGCUGUCCAUUGUGAGUGUCCCCCAGUCUUCUGCCAAGACAGAAACUGGCUCAAAGUCAGCACAGACCGCCAUGCAGGGCCAGUACUCAGCUAAAGGGCCUCCCAAAAGUGGCGUGCCACCCCCUUCCACCAGGAAGCCACCCUCAUCUGCUAAGGGAGCAGCCAGCGGAGAUAAAAAGCCUACUGCCAAGAAAAAGGAAGACGAUGACCAUUAUUUUGUUAUGACCGGAAGUAAGAAGCUCAGAAAAUAAACACGUUGGUAUCGCUUUAACAAACCAGGGUGGCCACACAGAAUGGGAAUCGGCUCCAUCAGGAUCACAAAGGGUCUCCCUCUGUGCGUUUGUCGGGAUAGCUGCAGACAUGAGGUCAAGAUGGGGAUGAAGGCGGGAACAGGGCUGAGCCAAGGAGAGGACUCAUAAGUGUUUUUGAUAUUAAUAGGCAAAUUGUGGGUUUUAAUCUUGUUAGCAUCUGCAGUUUGAGGGAAAUGUAAAAGUUCAACAACACUAAUAGAAUUGUAGCUGUCAUCCUUGUAUCUUUGAGUAGGUAGUAACUAUGGAGACUGUCUGCUAAUAGCACCUAAUGCACUGGACACUAGUUCCUGUGCUCAGUCAUACGGCAAUGGUUUGCUUGGCAUUAGCGUGUGCCUACAAUCCCAACUCUGAAGGCUGAGGCGGGACACCUGCCCGGGGUACAUAGUAAAACCCGGCAACGGUUUGACAUGUGUUGUAAAAGGCAUCGAAGUUGAUUUUCAUAUCAGGAAUCCUAGCCCAGCAAUCCUAAGUACCUAUGGCUGCUGCUGCUUGGUUUGAUAUUAUGGAUUAAGUGAAAUUCUUAUUAUUUAAUUCUGUAACCCUUCCAUAUCAGA